AUCUGGACACUGUUUAAUACUGACAUCUUAAAGCAUAUUGCUUUGUACAAGUGUUCACGAGCUAUCCGCUGUCAGUUUAUUCGGGACAUUUAGCUUCAAAUAUCUCGGUACUUUAAUACAACAUGUCGGGUCUGAAGGUGACAGCUCGGGAGCUUCUGUCCUGUUUCUGUCUCAUGAGUUGGUCUGGAAAAACGUUAAUACUUGGACAUGAACACGGGCCGGGUGUCGUCAAAGUGGUUGUGGAAGAAGGUAGUGAUGUUACUUUACCCUGUUCGCUCAGCACCAAGGAGAACAUCGAGUCAAAGAUCUUUGACUGGAAGAAAGAUGGUCAGAAGGAGGUUUUCCUGUAUGAUGCAGGCUUUCAUUACAACAACGGCCGAGCAGGUCAAGAUGAGCAGUUCAAAGGUCGCAUCUCACAUUUUCCAGAUGAACUGAAGCACGGCAACGCCUCCAUAAUCAUCAGAAAUACGAAGGUGGCCGACAGCGGAGACUACACCUGUGUUUUUCCACUUCUUCAGCCGGAAAGUAAAAUCCACAUUGAGCUUGUUGUUGAACUCUCCUUUAAAGACCGAUCAGGAGAAAUCACAGGUGCAGCUCCAGAGCCUCACGUCACGAUAGUAGAUGUCACAGAGUUCGGGGUGCUGCUGCAGUGUGACGUUCGAGGUGCUUUUCCACAGCCGAAGCUACAGUGGCAGGACAGUGAUGGAAACAUCCUCCGUGCUGAGGAGCCACAGGUCUCAGAAAGAAGCGAUCACUACGACAUCACCCUCCAAACUGCUGUGACCAAGACCAAAACCAACUGUUUCCACUGUGUGGUCGAGCAGGAGGACAUCGGUCAUAAGAUCAUUGCUAACAUCACUGUGCGAGAGAAACUGUUUGAGGACACGUGCAGCAAAGUGGCUGUCACAGGAGAGUUGGUUGGAUUCGUUUUGGGAGCUGUAGCUGUUGGUGUAGUUCUGGCUUUGCUUGUAGCGGCAAAGUGCAUCACAAUACGCCGUAAUAAAGGUUCUCCUCAGCAGAGAAACGGUUCUUGUAACGGACCUUCAGCGCUGCCACUUAAUGCACCUGUUAGUGAGAGAGAGAGAGAGAGAGAGAGAGUGUGUGAGAGUGAGAGACUUGUAAAGGUCAGUUUUUGGUUACAGCCGGUCCACACCUCCUACCUGAACUGUGCGUUGUGGAUCCUCUUGCUUUUCAUUUUGGCGGCCAUGUUUACAGUUUGGAGCAGCCACACAUGAGCAGUGCGUGUCUAACACGGCUGCAGCAACGUUUCAUCAGUGCCUUUUCUCUCUCAAUAAGCACUGGAAACCUGUAGAACACAAACCCCACUAUAAAUGGCUGCUAAACUGUGCCAGGCCAAGGGAAGAGGGAGUGCUGUAUAUGUUUUUUGUUACGUUUGAGCACACGCUUCUUAACCCUUUUCUGUCUAAGCUUCUGUGAGCCGCAGCAGUUCAGUGAGGUAGCCGUCAAACACAGGUAAAGGUAGGCAGUGUGGCCCAGGCAUUUCAAUCUACAUUUCUAAAAGUCAACAAAAGGUUAAACAAGUUUCACAAAGACCCUAUUUAUUACAGCGCUUUUGUAUGGAAUUUAUAAUUUCCUAUGUCGCUGUAGCUCAACAUGAUUAAGAUCUUGGCACAUUUCUGAACCCUGUAUGUUGAAUUUUAUUUUUUUAAUAUUUUCAUUACUUGUUUUAUUAUCCUACUUUCUCUUUAUGUUUCUCAUUUGUAUUUUUCACUGAACUUAAGCUUGCUGUACAUAUCAUAACGCUUGAGUGUGAAUUUUUUUUUAACAUAAAAUGUAUGUGAAAUGUAAAGUUACUUUUGUCUUGUUAAGUGUAUUACUUUUUAAUAUGUUACCAAGCAGUAUUAUGCCAAAUACGAUGCUAACUCUUCUUUUAAUCUUAUUGAUGCUGUUUCUGGGACACUACAGUAAAGACGAGCAUGUAUAUGUUAUAGUUUACAGAGUGCUGAGCCAGUCUGUCAGUUACAGUUUAAGACACGAAUGACUGUUGUCUCACUCUCACUUUUUAAUUUUAUAUAUUGAAUGUGCUCAUACGUCUGUGGAUAUCAUGUAAACAAUUGUUUUGCACAUCGCAUUGCAGCAUGUAUUUUUUUAAUAUUUUCAUUACUUUUAUUAUCCUACUUUCUCAUUAUGUAUCUCAUUUGUAUUUUUCACUCGCUCACUGUUUUCAGUCAAAAUUGAACUGACCGUUGUGUUCAGUGAAAAGUAAACUGUGAUAAUGAGAUAACAUUAGUUUUAUCAGGUCCCUUUUUAUUUUAUUUAAAGAUCAUAUUGAUCGGCUCAAAUCCAAAUGUUUAGUUUCACAAGCUCAGUGGCUCAAAAGUGACCAAAAAGGACAGGUACCCUAAAUAAUCAGGUGACGUGUGAAAUAUACACGUCACCUGAUUACGUAUGUAUAUAAUAAUGUAUCUUAACCAUGUAGUUCCUUAUAACAUCAGCAAAAACGUGCAGCUUGUGAAAUGAGGCAAUAGUGGUUGAUACUGUUUCCUCUUGGUUUAAAGCACUAGCAGUCUGAAAAACUGGAGACAAGCGACAGACUUCAGUCUGAGGCCUGAAUCAGGAAGAGUGUAGUGGUCCAGAUGAGAAGAGAUAGAAACUCCUUUUUUUUAUCUGAGAUUUUUUAUUUAUUUUUUAAAUCACUGUAGCUAUGACCGUGACACAGAACUGACACAAGAAGAGAAGAAAAGGUUGAGAUUUAAUCACACUGCUCUGAGGAGAUUUAUGGAUGUAGUGAGAGAGGACAUGAAGCUAAUUGGUGUGAGUGAAGAGGACGCAGAGGACAGGGUUAGAUGGAGGCACAUGAUUCGCUGUGGCGACCCCUGAAAGGGAACAGCCGAAAGGAAAAGAAGAAGAAGAAGUUCUUAGUCCUUACUCAGCUGGACAGGGGACGCCACUGAACUUAAGCUUGCUCUGCAUAUCUUAUUGCUUGACUGUGAAUAUUUUUUUAAUAUAAAAUUUAUGUGAAAUGUUACUUUUGUCUUGUUAUUGGAGUUAAGUUGUUAAAUGUAUUACUUUAUACGGUGCCAAGAAGGAAUCUGCCAAAUACACUACUGACUGUUGUUUUAAUCUUAUUGAUGCUGUUUCUGGGACACUACAGUAAAGACGAGCAUGUAUAUGUUAUAGUUUACAGAGUGCUGAGCCAGUCUGUCAGUUACAGUUUAAGACACGAAUGAUUGUUGUCUCACUCUCACUUUUUAAUUUUAUAUAUUGAAUGUGCUCAUACGUCUGUGGAUAUCAUGAAAACAAUUAUUUUGCACAUCGCGGUACAGCAUUCCCAUCAAAUGUUUUCUUGUUAUAUUUACAUAUUACGUAUUUCUCACUAAAACUCUAACAAAUGUGUUCAAUGCAUUUCUGUCCACAAAUGUUUCAAAGCUGAUUUUAAAAUGAUCCCCUAAUUUGUUUUUUAAUUAAUAAUAAAAUAUGCUGCUUGGAAUAAUA